AUGACAUUUCAAAAGUAUAUGGCCUACCUGGAAUUCAUGAAUAUAUUAAAAGCCAAAAAUCUUUAAGAGCUGUGAUUGUUAUAAAUGCUUCGCAAGGAGAUAUGGAAAUAAUUGAUGUUAAGGAAAUUCUCAUAGGAUUAAUAAUUGCUAUAUUAUUAGACUCUAGCAAAUAUAGUUACCAUAUUUUAUAUGCAAUAGCUCUUCUUAUUGAUCAUCAUAAGCUCAAAGCAUUCACAGAAUUAUUUCGCAAAAAAGGUCAUAUAAAGCAAAUUCUUCAAUUCUCACUAAAUAAUGAGUGGAAUGAGCUCAAUCAUACUAGAGUUCAACCAUCUACUAGUUUGUGUCUUGAACAAAAUAGUGAUAAGCCAGAAGGAGUUUUUAAGUAUGACCUAUCUAUUGCGAAUAAAAUCCAGCAAGAAAAUAAAAAAUUUUCACAAUUCUCUUACAAAGUAAAAAACCCAGGUUUUCCUAAAGUCUUUGUAAUAUUCACAUUUUGGGUUAAGUAUAAUGAACCUUUUAUAAAAACAGAAACAUAUAAGAAGAGGUAUAUAAAACUAUUAUCCAAUGAAGGUGAUAUUUAUGUUAGAUUGCCUUGGGAAACAUAUAUUCUUGAAAAUCUAGCUAUUUCUGAUAAUAAUCGUAAAAGUGCAUCACUUAUUUGCUAUCUUAGAAAAGAUCUACAAGGAAUUGUUCGUGCUCUUAAGACUGAAUUUCUAGAACUAAGAAUCAAGAAAUAUCAUGGUAAAUCUGAUCCAAUGGAAAAAACUCAAGAUUUUAGCAAUGUAAAAGAAUCAUGA